AUGAAUUUAUCGGGUGAAGCGCCAUUUUGGCGAGAUCAAGAAGAAAUAGUCAUCACAGGCAUUUCUGGUCGUUUUCCACGCUGUGAAAAUGUCCAGGAAUUCGGAGAUUUGCUUAUGGCUGGGGAAGAUCUGGUGACUGAAGAUAACUUACGUUGGCCACCAGGAAUUUUUGAUUUGCCAAAACGCCAUGGAAAGCUGAAAGACUUGAAAAAAUUUGAUGCUCAAUAUUUUGGGGUAACACCAAAGCAGGCAAAUUAUUUGGAUCCCCAAGUAAGAAAAUUAUUGGAAGUGACUUUGGAAGCAAUUAUAGAUGCUGGUUUAAAUCCAGUUGAACUACGUGGUUCAAGGACGGGAGUGUUUGUGGGAUGUUCAGCUUCCGAGACUGGUGGAGCAUUGACGCAAGAUCCGGAAACUGUUACUGGAUACACAUUGACUGGAUGUGUCCGUUCAAUGUUCAGUAAUCGUCUUAGUUUUACGUUCGACUUGAGAGGACCGUCGUUUUCGGUGGAUACAGCUUGUUCUUCAUCAUUAUGUGCACUACAAUUAGCAGUUGAUGCAAUACGUCAAGAACAAUGUGAUGCAGCGAUUGUAGCUGGAGCUCAUUUAACUCUUACACCUACUGCAGCUUUACAGUUUCUACGACUUGGCAUGCUAUCUGAUAAAGGGAGCUGUCGGUCUUUCGAUGCUUCAGGCGAUGGAUAUUGUCGUACAGAAGCUAUUGCUGCGAUAUUACUUCAAAGGCAAUCAGCAGCUAGACGAAUUUAUGCUACUGUGGUUCAUGCAAAGAGUAACACUGAUGGCUACAAAGAACAAGGGAUAACGUUUCCAUCAGGGGAGCGGCAAGCAACAUUGCUAGAAGAGGUCUAUCGUGAAGCUGGAGUUGAUCCUAAUACAGUGACAUAUGUAGAAAGUCACGGAACGGGUACAAAAGUUGGAGACCCACAAGAAGCAAAUGCAAUAUGCCAAGUCUUCUGUCAAAAUAGAAAUACUGCACUUCUCAUUGGUUCAGUGAAAUCAAACAUGGGUCACGCAGAACCAGCAUCUGGUCUUUGCUCAAUCGCCAAAGUUUUGGUAACAAUGGAGCGUGGCUAUAUACCACCAAACUUGCAUUAUAAUGAACCAAAUCCAUACAUUCCUGGUCUUAUCGAUGGUCGAUUGCAGGUUGUUAUUGAAAAGACACCAUUUCCACGCGGUCUUGUAGGUAUCAACUCGUUUGGUUUUGGAGGCAGUAAUACUCAUAUAAUUCUUCGCCCGGCCAAUCAUGCAGAACGUAAACCAGCGCCGACAACAUUUAUGAAAAUUGUUCCUUAUUCUGGAAGAACUUCAGAAGCAGUUAACAACAUUUUUGAUUGCAUACUUUCGGAUCCAAGCAACGCAUAUUUGCAACAACUCCUAGCAAAUCAAGCUAAUAUGCCAGCCAAAGAUACACCGUAUCGUGGAUUCAUGAUUUUUAAUCGUGAUAAAAUUCCCAGUCCAUCAGAGGCAGUUAAAAAUCCCAACUUACCACCUCUUCGUGAUGUGCAGAAAAUAAUGAUAACAGAGCCAAAGCAAAUUUAUUUUGUAUACUCGGGUAUGGGUAGUCAAUGGGCUGGAAUGGCUAGGCAGCUUAUGUCGAUACCUGCUUUCAAUGAAUCUUUAAGAAGUUCAAGCGAUUCUCUCAUCGAUUUUGGUCUAAAUGUUUACGAAAUGUUGCAAAAGGAUGAUCCAAGCAUUUAUAAAGACAACACAUUGCAUUGUAUGGUAGCGAUUACUGCUAUCCAAAUUGCCCUGACAGACCUGCUCUUUUUAAUGGGUGUCACACCUGAUGGAAUUAUUGGUCAUUCGACUGGUGAAAUGGGUUGCGGGUAUGCUGAUGGUGGCCUUACACGGGAACAAACAAUGCAGCUGGCAUAUCAUCGUGGUUACAAUAUCAUGAACGCUGGGAUCAAAGGUGGUAUGGCUGCUGUGGGCUUAACAUGGGAAGAUGCUAAAAAACGAUGUCCAGAAGGGGUUUUUCUAGCGUGUCAUAAUGCCAUUGAUUCUGUAACUAUUUCGGGUGAUGCAGGAAAAAUCGAAAAAUUUAUCGAAGAAUUAAAAAGCGAAGAUAUUUUUGCAAAAAUUGUCGAUUCAUCUGGGAUACCAUUUCAUUCACCAGCUAUGGUUAAGGUCAAAGACAAAAUGCUUAAAGCAAUGCGCACAACCAUUCCUAACCCUAAGCCGCGCUCAUCUCGUUGGAUUUCCACUUCUAUUCCAGAAAGUAAUUGGGAAAGUGAAUUGGCACAAAUGUGUUCUGCUGAUUACCAUACUAAUAAUAUAUUGAGCCCCGUACUUUUUUCUGAGGCGCUUCAGAAGAUACCUGCAAAUGCAGUAACAAUUGAAAUUGCACCUCACUGUUUGAUGCAUGCGAUUCUUCGCCGUUCCUUGCACAAAACUUGCACAAAUGUAGGCUUGAUGAACAUGAAAGAAAAGGACCGUGAGCUGGAAUUAUUCCUACAAGCUUUGGGGAAAAUUUACCAAACAGGUGUCACUAUACAUAUCGAGGCUUUAUACCCUGCUGUACAAUAUCCAGUGCCAAUUGGUACUCCAAUGAUUUCUGCUAUGUGGCGCUGGGACCACAGUCAAGAUUGGCCCGUUAUUGAUGGCAAAUCACUUUCAGCUGCCGGUGGGGGACAAGUGCCUACAGCAUCUAGUUAUACGAUUGAUCCUUUUGCAUCUGAUUCAAAGGAAACGUUUCUACUCGACCAUAUUAUUGAUGGCCGUGUAUUAUAUCCUUUUACUGGGCACAUGGUAUUAGCAUGGAAGACGAUAGCAAAGUUAAAUGGCGUGGAUUUCCAAAAAACACCUGUCAUUCUCGAAGAAAUUCGAGUUUAUAGUGCAACAAUCGUCACUAAACCAUUUCGUUUGGAUGUCGUCAUAACGCCCGGCAAUGGAUACUUUGAAAUUCUGGAUGGAGAACAACUGGCUGCAUCCGGUUAUAUUCGUAUUGUUGAUGAGGAUUUACCAUUUUACUACAAAAGUUUUGACGAAAUUCAAACAUCAGAAAUUGCGGAACGUAUUGAAUUAGACACAGAAGAUGCAUAUAAAGAGUUCUUACUUCGUGGAUAUGAAUAUGGUCAAGCAUUUCGUGGAAUAUAUAGAGCAUGCAACAGUGGAGAACGUGGUAUGCUUUACUGGACAGGUAAUUGGGUUACAUUUCUGGAUUCACUUCUACAAACAGCCUUAUUGGCUGAACGAGCUGAUAGUCUUCGAUUGCCCACUCGUGUACGAUACUUACGAAUCGAUCCUGUAAAACAUUUGGAGCGUGUACAAGAAAAAGAUGGCAUUCAAGUCAUUGAAUUACGCAAUGAUAUCGCUACUAAUGGUUGUGUAGCAGGCGGUGUUGAAUGCUGUGAUCUCACGGCACAUACGGUUGCUCGAAGAUUACAAUCUGCUGGACAACUCUAUUAUGAGAAAGUUUAUUUCACGAAACAUUUUGAUCAAAACGCUUUUGAUGAAUUUCCACAAAUCCGUGAAAAACUCAGUGCCUAUCGACAUUUCCUUCGCUCAAUAUUAGCUAAUGGAUUAGCAAAAUGGGAAGUUAAUGGUUGUUUAAAAAAACUAACUAAUGGAGCACUUCUGUCAGAUGCUGUUCGUAAAUUUACAGAAUUCAUGAAUCCAGUAAGUGAAACAGAGCACAAACGAUGGCUUGAUGAUUCACAGUCACCUGUUGCCACAAUUUUUGAUGAAGUUUUUGCAAUGAAAAUUAAUGAUGAUUUCAAAGAGUUCGAGAAUAAAGUGGCAGAAAAAAUGCAAAAUACAAUGAAAAUUUUUAGUAUGGAUCGUUUAUGGAGUGCUGCUUUUGUCUAUGACAGAAUUCUUAAAACAGUUCAGGACGUAUGCAUUGAAAAUUCAGUUGGGCAUAAUAGCAAAAUUUGUGCCCUCGAAUUUAAUUCGACCGAACAGCUUAAAUUCUGUGUUGACUCGGUAAGCUCACAUCCACUUUUGGAAGUUGAAUGGUUUUGUGCUGGACCAAAAGUAAAUGAUAUGGAUGAAAAUACUUUAGUACAACUUGGAGUAAAAAAAGUACUAACUAAUUUGGAAGAUAAGCACUUUUCACCACCUUCUGAAAUCAAAAACUGCGAUCUCGUAAUUUUGGAUAAAGUAUUAUCAAGAAAGAUGGAUGUCAUCCAGUAUUUGCUGAAAUGUAAGGAAUUGUUGCGUGAUGAUGGCUUUAUCACUAUAAUUGAACCAACAUCAGAUUAUGAGAUAGCUCUCGCAAUUCAAGGCCUCAGUGGAGAGCCAAUAAAUAUUAGUAAUUUCGAUCGAAUUUACGGAUCUUAUUUCACUCACGAACAUUUGUUAGAAUUGUUUGAUAAAUGCGGGUUCCGUCUUUGUAAUUAUCAGACUGAUUCAUCGAUGAUGACUACAAUGUAUGCAAUUCGCAAAAUUCCGUCACAAAUUAGGGAGCCUGUGUUCGUUGAUACAGAUGACAUCAAAGAAUUUACCUGGAUAGAACCGUUGCAAAAGAUAAUUGAAGAACGUCUUAAUGAGCCAGACUAUAAAACAAUAUGGCUCACAAGCACAAAAGUACGCAAUAAUGGAUUGCUAGGCCUUGCCCUUUGUUUCAAUGAAGAAAACUUAAAGUCGAAUCGAUUCCGAACUUUAAUUGAUAUGAGCAUUAAACCAGAAAAUCGCAGUGGUCCACCUCAGAUCAACCUGGAAGAUGAAUUCGUGAGACAUCUUAUGGAACUUGAUCUUCAUGCUAAUAACUAUCGCGAUGGUGUUUGGGGUUCUUUGCGUCAUUUGGUUGUGAAAGAAGAUGAAAUGCAUUUGUACAAAAGUGUUAACCACGCAUUCAUCAAUACGCUCAUCCGUGGUGAUGUCAGUUCAUUGACUUGGUUUGAAUCUCCAAAUCAGUUCUUUGAAGACACGCAUCAAAAAGAUUCUUCGCUGGAACUGUGUCAUGUAUACUAUUCUGCUAUAAAUUUUCGUGAUGUGAUGUUAGCAUAUGGACGGCUUCCACCAGACGCUAUUCCUGGACAGUUUGCGGAUCGAGAAUGCUUACUGGGUAUGGAAUUUUCUGGACGCCUUAAAGAUGGUACUCGUUUAAUGGGCAUCUUACCAGCACAAGCUUUAGCAACUUCUGUUAUUGUUAAUCGUGAGUAUGCUUGGACAGUUCCGGAUAACUGGUCACUUGCGGAUGCUGCCACCGUUCCCAUAGUCUACAGUACUGCAUAUUACGCAUUAGUAAUGCGUGGUGGAAUUCGACGUGAUGACAAAGUGUUAAUUCACGGAGGUUCUGGAGGAGUCGGUCAAGCCGCCAUAGCAGUUGCUUUAUCACGCGGCUGUGAAGUUUACGUCACAGUUGGAAAUGCAGAUAAAAAAGCAUUCUUGCAAAAGCGCCAUCCACUUUCUCAUUACAGUUUUCCACAGUUGAAAAAUGAGCAUUUCGCGAAUUCUCGAAACUCAGAUUUUGAGCUUCAUAUUAGACAUCAAACAAAAGGACGUGGAGUUGAUGUUGUCCUCAAUUCUUUGGCUCAGCAUAUGCUACAAGCUUCUAUUCGAUGUCUUGCUCAAAAUGGACGAUUUUUGGAAAUAGGAAAAGUAGAUUUAUCUCAAAAUUCGCCACUUGGGAUGGCGGUAUUCCUCAAAAAUAUAACUUUCCAUGGUAUACUGCUGGAUGCAGUAAUGGAUCCAAGUAUUGGCAAAAAGGAGGACUGGCAGGAAGUAGCACGACUUGUUCAGGAAGGAAUUAAAAACGAAAUUGUACAGCCUCUUUCAUACACUGCGUUUUCUAGCCAAAAAGCUGAGGAAGCAUUUCGUUUCAUGUCAUCCGGGAAACAUAUUGGAAAGGUUUUAAUGGAAAUCCGACAAGAGGAACCCGAACGAUUGUGCGUACCUUCUCCGAUAAAAGUGCGAGCUAUUUGCCGAACUUUAUGUCAUCCAAAUCAUGUAUAUCUCAUCACUGGUGGCCUUGGCGGAUUUGGUUUGGAACUAUCGCAGUGGCUUAUUAAUAGAGGCGCUAAAAAAUUAGUGCUGACGUCGCGAACAGGGAUUCGUACUGGUUAUCAAGCACGUUGUGUUCAUUUUUGGCGUCGAACGGGUAUUUCAGUCCUUGUUUCAACUCUUAAUAUCUCGAAGCUAUCAGAUGCUCAGGAGUUGAUGCUACAGUGCAAAGCGCUAGGCCCUAUUGGUGGUGUUUUUCAUCUUGCCAUGGUACUGCGUGACUGCCUUUUUGAAAAUCAAAACGUACAAAACUUUAAAGAUGCUGCGGAGGCCAAAUAUUGGGGAACAUUGAAUCUUGAUGUUGCUACUAGACAAGAAUGUGGAAAGCAACUUAGAUGGUAA